AGAACCCUGUUCACAAUAAAGCUUCAUGUUUACAUUUCAAAGUGAAUAAGCAGUGCAUGUAUAGGAAGUCUUAUAACAAAUGGAACAGUUUAUAAUAUUGUGUACAGCACACGUAUAAAAAAAAAAGGAGGAGGGCAUUACUACAGAAAAAGGACCAUAUUGUCAAAAGUGACGUAGACUUUAAUUCCAAGUUAUCUCCCUUGAAGAACAUUAAUUUUUGUCCUGCCUUCAUCUAUUUUUGCACGUCUACAUAAUAUAUAUCACAACUGCUACAAUCUCUUUCAUUUUUACCUCACACUCACUCAUGUGCGGCUAUCUACUAUAUAUAUAAAUAUAUAUAUAUAAAAAUGGCGGCCCCCAGCGAAGAGGACGACGUGGAUAAUAACACGAUCGAUUUCCUUAAUAGAGAAUUUGGCGACGAUAUUAGAUCGCUGCGGAAUGUUGAAAAUAUCUACAAGAAUCUCUGUUGCUUAAAAGAGGAUCUUGAAAAUAAGCUAUCGUUGGCCAGUACUGAAGUCCCAAGUGAGAUCAAGAAAGCUAUUAGUAAUGCUGAAGCUGCACAAUCUCGGGUGAAGUCAUUCUGCAGUGAAGAAAUAUCGUUGCAUGAUGAGAUUGAGAAGCACACAAAGCUGAUGGAACCUCUCUUUGAGGAGCUUUCCCAGAUCACAAGUCAAGUUGAUGAACUAAGUCGAUAUACACAGUAUUUUGGGCUAAUAGCCAAAAUAGAUGAAUUAAGUUCUUCCAUCCAGACGUCACUACUUGUAGAAAAUGCCCAGGAUGCAGUUGAAGCAUUCCAAGAAAUGACUACUUUAUACACAGAAUUAGAAAUAUCUAGUUGUGAAAAUCUACUUCGGUUUCACAGAAACACAAUUUUGUUUUGGUACAAAAUACUCAAAAACAAGUUUGCCAGUGAGUUUGAAGAUUUGUUGAAAGCCAUUAAAUGGCCAUUUGUUACAGUGACUCUUUCCAAGACUCCUGUGGUGAAUCAGAGUGAACAGAGGAAUGAAAUGGCAUCUCUUUUCAAAAAGUUGCUGCAUGUAAAUUUGCCUUCAUCUCUUCAAAGACGACGUUCUCUGUUGAACCCUGCUCUUGGUAGACUUCAUAUAGCACCCCAGGUGUUACCGCUUCAGCUUAUGCUGAAACCAUUGAAGAAGAGGUUCAAGUACCAUUUUUAUGGUAACAGACAAACCAAUAGUUUGGACAAGCCAGAAUGGUACUUCACUCAGGUGUUAGCAUGGAUACGGGAUCACUGUGAUUUCUUAGAACUGACAAUCCAACCACUUUUAGAUGAGGAAUCAAAUUUAGUUGCUCGAGUGGAAUUAAUGCGAGGUUUGGUUGAAUUGGUGCUAGAGAAGAUGACUACCGAUUUACCUUUAGUAAUGUAUGAUGAGCACCUCUUCACACAUCUCAUUGACGAAGCUCUCCUAUUUGAUAGAGAAUUGCGGACUAAUUAUGCUUACCCGGCAAACCAACCGGGAGCAAUGCAUGUCUUGUCCCAAGAAGAAGUAUUUGAAAGAUGGCUGGUUGUUGAAAAGCGCUAUGCGAUGGAAAAGGUUGAUGCCAUGAUGUCGUCAUCAUCAGCAUGGCUCUCGCAAUACAGGGAUAUUGCUGAUGUUGACGAAUUAAAGGUACCAGAAUGCGGAGAGAGUUUUAUGACGUUAAUGCAAACAAUUACAGACCGCUAUAAGCAUUUACCACAACCACAGCAUAAGCUGAGAUUCCUUGCUCUCCAACAAGAGCUUCUUGAAGAUUUUCGAACACGUCUUGUUCAAGUGAUGAAGCAAGAAGCACAAAAUGUUCUUGGUCAGCAAUAUUGUUCAAUUCUUAAUACUGCUUCUUAUAUUGUGGAAGUUCUUCAGCAAUGGAGUGAGUUAGUUUUCUUCUUGCAGUUACAGUUUUUCAAAAGUGAAUAUGAGAAAGAAGAUCAAAUCACUCAACGUUUGGAUGACCCACCAAUUAUGACGACAAGCAACCUUUCUUUUAGUGAUUACAAUACAGCUAUGGAUUGUUCUAUAACAGAUUCUAAGGCUAUACUAGAGUCUCAGUUUUUAAUUUCUUUAGAAGAGACUGUUUUCGAUGAUAUGAUUGAUUUAUUUGAGAGGCUUAAAAGCGACAUGCUGAAGACUGUUAUUACAUAUGUUUUUACUGAUGUGAAAGCUAGAAGUCAACCAUACCGCAAAGACAGAUGGAUAACUUUACCUUCUCAACAAGAUGUCCAAGGGGGAGUCCAAGGUUUGUCUCCUACAGCUUGUGAAAUGUUUCUCAUUUUGAAAAGUCACCUUCAAACAGUAGAAAGUCUUAUAAGUAAACCUUUAUUCAACCAAUUCUGGCAACGUUUAGCUGAAAAAUUAAACAAAUUUAUAUUUGAUGAGGUCAUAUUAGCCAAUCAUUUUAGCGAUGGUGGUGCUGCCCAACUGGAGUUUGAUCUAACUCGAAAUCUUUUCCCUCUAUUUGGAGAUUACACAAAAAAGCCAGACGCAUAUUUUCGACAACUCAAAGAAGCUUGUAUUUUAUUGAAUUUGAAAGUUGGAUCUGCCUUACUCUUGAAAGAUGUUUUAGAAGGUGAUGCUCAUUCUGACAAAACCAAUGUGGAUCCAAAUUCUACAGUGAUUGAUCCAAAAUCUUCAUUAUAUGAAAUUGGUAUAUUUAAGUUGACCCCGGCUAAAUCCCUAACAAUUAUUAACCUCAGAACCAAUUUGACCUUAGGAUAAAUAUAUGUAUGGUUAAAUAUAUAUAUAUAUAUAUAUAUACAUACACACACACACACACACACCUAUACAAAUAUGUGUGUAUGUGCCAUCCCCCCUCUCUGUCAUAUAUAUAUAUAUAUACAUAUAUAUAUAUAUAUAUAUAUAUAUAUUAUAUAUAUAUAUAUAUACACAUACACAUAUAUACACAUCAUAUUUAACAGAAAGUAAAUGAGAACAAAUUAGUCACUAUUUUCUUACUAACAUUCACCAGAAGAAUUAUGAUAUAUGAUUUGAAACUUAUCAGCUAAAAUUCAAUAAUUUAUAAAUAUUGCCUGGCUGUAAGUAGCUGCUAAAUUUUUGCAAAUCAUUACUUUAUCUCAACUGGAAAGUUUGUGUGGUGCACUGUUAGCUAUAUGCGAUCUUCCCAUAUUGUUGAAAAUUGAAGCUUAUUUGUAAUAUUAAUAUCAGUAUUGUUUUACUUACUCCUAAGAUAAAGGGAAGUCAGAAAAGACCCUUUAAAACAUGUAUGCUGCUGUAUAACACACUUCUUUAAAAUGAAAAUAUGUGCAAAAACACAUUUACUUCAAAUAUUUAUUUGCAAAGUACAAUUUAUUCAUUUAGAAAUUGCACUUGGUACUGCUGGCAAGUAUAAUAUUUUUAAAAGACAAUCAAAAUAAAAGUCCAAUAUUUCAGGCUUCCGAGAACAAAUACUCGAACCCUUUUGUGAUAAGUCUUGUUAUAAAUUA